CUUCUUCCCUCUCCUCUUCGCCCAUGAAGGAAGUCCCCUCUGUUUCAGCUCCGCCUCCUUUUCCCUCCGUUCGCACUCUCAGCUGCCUCUGCUCUGCAACGGAGGUUUCCCCCAGCCGCAGUAGCCGCCGGGGUGAUAGAGAAAGGGAAAAGGAGAACAACACUUGUCGGCUGUCACUUUGCUGUCGAGAAAAGUUUGGAACUUGUCGAAUUUCUAGAUAUGGGCGAAGAGGACUCAGUGGAGACUCUGGAGUACGAAAUGAGUGAGGAAGAAGAGGAAGAAGACCCUGGGAUGUCGAGCGGUAAGGCCGGAGAGCAUAAAGAGCAGCUGCAGAGGCUGGCUGAAAAGGACCCAGAGUUCUACGAGUUCUUGAAGGAGCAUGAUAAGGAGCUUCUUGAGUUUGAUGACGAAGAUGUCGACGAGAGUGCUGGUUCGGUUUUGGAAGAUGAUGGAGAGAUACCGGGAGAUGAUGAUGAGAUCAUGGGUCAUGAUGUUGACGAGGAGAAGAAGCCGACCGCGAAGACCAUUACCACUGCCAUGGUUGAUUCCUGGUGUAACUCCAUCAGAGAAAGUCCGAAAGUUGGAGCGACUCGAUCUCUUCUGAGAGCUUUUCGAUGUGCCAGUCACUACGGUGACGAUGAAGGGGAUGAGUCUGCAGCAAAACUUAGGACCAUGACCAGUACUGUCUUUAAUAAGAUUAUGAUAUCUGUGUUAACUGAGAUGGAUGGAGUGCUUCGGAAGCUACUGAAGCUUCCGGCUUCUGGUGGGAAGAAAGAGACCAUAAUGGAGCUCAUGCUCACGAGGCAAUGGAAAAACUAUAGCCACAUGGUGAAGUCAUAUCUUGGGAAUGCCUUGCACAUUCUGAACCAGAUGACCGACACAGAUAUGAUAUCUUUCACUCUACGUCGUCUCAAGAGCUCGUCCUUAUUUUUGGCUGCUUUCCCCAGCCUCUUAAGGAGGUAUAUCAAGGUUGUUCUUCACUUCUGGGGUACGGGGGGAGGAGCACUACCUGUUGUCUCUUUUCUUUUCCUAAGAGAUAUUUGCAUUCGAGUAGGUCUGGAUUGUUUGGAUGAAUGCUUUAAAGGGGUCUACAAAGCAUACAUUAUGAACUGCCAGUUUGUGAAUGCAACCAAACUACAGCAUAUCCAGUUUCUCAGGAAUUGCGUCAUUGAACUUCUUGGGGUAGACCUUCGAACUGCAUAUCAGCAUGCCUUUGUUUAUAUUAGGCAACUAGGGAUGAUCUUACACAAAGCACUUACAAUGAAGACUAAGGAUGCAUUUAGGAAGGUGUAUGAAUGGAAGUUCAUGAACUGCCUUGAGCUCUGGACAGGAGCUAUAUGUGCUUACGGUGCAGAAGCUGAUUUUCAGCCUCUUGCUUACCCACUGACACAAGUUAUGUCGGGGGUUGCCCGUCUUGUUCCUUCUGCUCGUUAUUUUCCUCUUAGACUGAGGUGCAUUAGAAUGCUGAACCGUAUUGCAGUCUCUACCGGCACAUUUAUACCGGUCUCAAUGCUUCUUUUGGACAUGCUUGAGAUGAAAGAAUUAAAUAGGCCUCCCACUGGUGGUAUCGGGAAGGCCGUUGACUUGCGUACCAUUAUCAAGGUAAACAAACAAACUAUAAAAACCCGAGCAUUUCAAGAAGAAUGUGUAUACUCAGUGAUCGAGGAACUUGCCGAACAUUUGGCACAAUGGAGUUACAGUGUUGCUUUCUUUGAGUUGGCUUUUAUCCCAUCUGUGAGGUUGCGUAGCUUUUGCAAAUCUACCAAAGUCGAGAGAUUUCGCAAGGAAAUGAGGCACCUUGUUCGUCAGAUCAAUGCCAAUUCCGAAUUUGUUAACCAAAGACGUUCGUCAGUAUCCUUUCUUCCAAGUGAUCCUGCUGCUUCCUCUUUUCUUGAGGAUGAGAAGAAGUUAGGGACAAGUCCCUUGUCACAGUACGUUCUAAAAUUAAGACAGAGGGCCCAGCAGCGAAGCGAAUCCCUGACGGAGUCGAGUGUUCUUGUUGGCGAGAGAUCCUCGGUCUUCAGGAAAAUGCCUGGAAAGGAUGAAACAGAAAGCGACGAGGAUGAUGACACUGUACAUGAACAGGGUGCUGCAGCCUUUAGCUCCUCUUGGUUGCCCAGAAGCGAUUCGAAGAUUAUGCAUUCGAAGGAGGAGGAGGUCCAGAAGAAGAAGAAGAAGAAGAGGAAAAAGAAUGAGAAGACUGAUGAGCUCGAAGGGGCAGAAGCUCUGGAGGAAGAUGUGGUGGAGGACUUAGUUAUGAGCUCUGAUGAAGAAGGGCCGUCGAGUGACGAUGAUAACACUGAAACACUGUCCAGGAGAAACCCAAGCAAGAAGCAGAAAUGGAAACCUUCUGCUGGGAAGAACUCAUGUUCCAACUCUAGGAAGUCGUGGAAGCGGAAGAAGACCAAAACUUGAAUAUAGCGGUACUUUUCUCUCUGUUCAUUGUCGUGUUUUAACUUGCUUGAUUCUAAACCGCGGCGAUCUUUAUAGGAUGGACCAAAACUGCGGUCCAAUUUUGCAGGGCAUCUUUAGGCUUUUCUUUUGUUGACCAGCAUUGUCGAUCGGAAUCGUGUAUAAGAACGAAGCGAAUGUAUCAUGGAUCUUUAUACUUUUCUUUUCUUUUGUUGACCUCACCCGGCACGGCAAAAUAAUGGUUCGAACCUUAUUGGGUAGAAAAGGCACGACAGCAUGAGCCUUGGCUCAAGACUUCAAGUACGACUUCAUUAUUUUUUAUCA